AUGCAGCCCGUCGUGGUGCAACUAAUAUUGGCACUCAAGGCUCCACAGUAUCCGGUAGCUAUGUCAUGCGCACACGCAGUGGUAUCACUAUCAACCCUCCAACCAAGCAAAAUCAUAAACGAAAAAAGUCCUAUCCUUCAGCUCUCUCCUGUUACGGAUGGCCUUAACCGCCCCAACCCUCGUCCUCUACCCCGACGCUCAUCGAUCAUGACCUUCGAUGACUAUGCUCAGAUCCUUGCUCGCCCUUGUAAACGAAACGUAAAACCUUCAGUGGACUCAGUCUCUUCUGACAUUCAGUUACGAAACGACUGUGCCCCAGACACCUCUGACGCCGAUGAUGACCUUCUGGCUGCGGAAUCUCACAUGGAUGAAGAUGAUGACAUGGUCAUCAUUGAUGACAAUGAUGUCCAUGACGAUGACGGUAACGAAGACCAUGAUGUCCAUGACGAUGAUGGUAAUGAAGACCAUGAACACGGCCAGGCCAAUGAAAAUGAGGAAAACGAGGACGAGGAUGAGGACUUCGUAUGUGCAAAGACUUCACCAGAUGACGUAGAAGGCGAUAGCGACAACAGCGCCAAAGUUACCAAUGAAGAACCUGAGGACAAUGAGAAUAACGAGGACCUCAGGUGUGCAAAGACUUCGCCAGGAGACUUCAGCCCCGAAACGUCAAGAAAACCAACUACAAUUUUGAUGAUGGGUCUCAAACCUCUCCGUCGGAUAGCAGCUACUUCUUCCCAGGCAAAACGUGAAGGUCCCGCAACAUCUGAUCAAGUUGACACCUAUGAGUCAGAUGGCGAUGAAGACCCCGACCAUGACCACGACAGUCCGUCUUCACCGCCUACUAAGCGCCGGAAGACGUCUUCAGCAGUCAAAACUACCUCGGCCAACACUUCUCAGAACACUACUCGCUCAACAACCGUUCGCACCAAGCGUGCUCAUACAUCUAUUUUACAUUCAAGUGACAACCCUACUCCAGCUGGUAUAGUUUUUGGCCCUACGCCAGACAACGACCCCAGUGAGGAUGAGCAAGAACUCACAGGCCAUUUAAAAGAAGGCCGGCUAUGUCAGGAGGGCAUCAAUGAGGCCCAGGAACUUGGUCAGACAACAGUAGAAGAAGCUCGGGUCAUUGGCACCAAGUACGGCAAGUCUGCGCGUAGUAUUCUCAUCGAGGCCGGCCUGUCCAUCAAGCAUUCGCGUUCAGAGUCCGAUUGGAACGCCCACCAACACUGGUUCAUGGAUAAUAACCCGCGCAAGGACAAAGAAUCUAUCGUUGACUGGAAAGAACGUCAACGCAAACAUUACCAUGCGAUGGGCAAGGAGGACGGACAGUGGGACACAAUUCGCAAUUAUAACAUUACUGGCGGCAAUACCAACCAAUCACGCGCCAAGACCAUCUUGUCAAUGAGAGAGGAUAUCGCAAGAAGGUUGUCUGCUUAUUCUCGCCUUGAAGGAGUGGAGGCUGUCGGGUGUAUAUUUGAUACAACACAAGACGAGGCUGCUCGACAGGCAUCUGGCUUUGUCACGGGCUCCAACCUCACAGUCAAUUUGAUCAACGAGCAUCAACUGGACGCUCGCGCAAUCUUAGAUUUGGUCAGCGAAGGCUACAAUAUAUCUGUGCCGCAGUUUAUGGGGGGAGUAGGGGCUUAUGAAAUUCUACUUUCAAAGCUGAACGAGCCUCCCCACGACUGUUACAGGAGGAUAUGGCCAAUUAUGGUACUCGAGAAUACUUCGAAGUUUGGGUAUCGACCUAAAGCAGUCCAGUGGCGGAAGCUUCUUGACUAUGCUUUCCAGUACAAGUUCAUGAUCAAGAACUGGCCUGAUGACGUUCCACCUAUUGGUCCCGAAUUCAAUCCUCACUACCUGAGUUCACAGCAUCUCAAGCUGCUCGUCGUCCCUUUCAUCAAGCGCAAAGCGCAUUCAUACUAUGAGGCAGAACUCUGGACCGAAGCUGAGAACUUGUUGGAGUUAGAGAAAAAGAAGUCUAAGGGCAAGCACCAAGCUCAGGACUGCACCGUGGAAGAUAUCAUGAGCGAAUUAGAUGUUACUGUACCCGAGAUCAAGUUCGCAGCUUGGCCAGAUGAUUGUCUCAAGCAGCUCAAGGACGAGGUGCCGGAGAUGUUGGACAUCCCCUUGGUGACUAGUACCUUGGACGUCGUGCUGCGCAAGCUGGUCGACUCCGCGAGAUUCAAGCUGUCAAUCCCUGAAGAUAUGUUAGCGGUUAAUGAAGCACGUUCGGAUGCCCCCGUUCCCUCUACUCAAGAAAUGCUGCCAAGUGUUACGUCGACCGUCGGUCGGCGUGUGCGAACUAGGAUGGGUCUUCUCAGCGAUGACUCGAGUGAGUCUACUGAAGCUGAGCGUGGUCUGGCCUUGACGGAACGUCAAGGAUUCCUCCGGCGAUCUCGGUAA